CAUUUCCAUCACAAAAUGAGAUUACAAUGUUCUUCAUUCAUUUUUAAUGUACAUAGUUGUUCAAUAAAUUUAAAAUCGAACUCGAUCCAAAAAUAUUAUAUUUCAGUCCAAACUGAAAGACCAGUGCCGCUGACAUCAUUACCACCACCACCAACAACAACAACACUACCAAUUUCUGUUAUGAUCUCUUCGCCUGAGAUUCAAGUCGGAGACACUGUGAGAUUACCAUGCAGUGCAUCCGACAACAUCACACACACUCCAACCACUGUGGUCUGGUAUAAGGCAAAUGGACCUCUCCCGGAUCAAUCAUACCAAAUGAAUGGUGUUCUUACAAUCACAAAUGUUCAACUCACCGAUGCUGGUGAAUAUAUUUGUGAAGCUGAAUCUAAUCGAAAUUACCAACAACGCGUUACAAUUAUGAUCAAAGACAAUCGUUUUCAUCAAAUCGAACCCUAGGGGGUAAACACAAUAGAAAUUGAAUGAAUUGUCAUAAUACCCAUCUAUUUUCAAAUACGACAAUUACUUACUUUUUUAAAGAUUACUUGUACUAAAAAUGGGAAUAUGUACCAUGAUUACCAACAGAAGGUGAUGCCAUAUUUUAUGAAUAAUUGAAUUCUUCGGAAAUUAUAAUGAUCGUUUUUAUUUACCUUAUAUUUAAUUUAUUUAUGGUAUAAAUAUGUAACUUUCUUUUGAAUAUGGAAAUUUGAAUCUCAAUAAAAUGUAUGAUGAAUCAUUGAGAAAACACUUGGAGACUCUAGAUAAGAGUUCAAAACUUCGUAAA